CUUGGCAGGAGCCAUUCAAACGCCACUCUUAUUUAUAUCACUCAUUCCCCCACACCAUUCGCUAUCCCCAUCUCUCUCUCUCUCUGUAAAAAUGGCCGGAACCGGAGUAGUAGCAGUGUACGGAAACGGCGCAAUAACAGAAGCAAAGAAAUCCACUUUCUCCGUUAAAGUCGGCCUCGCCCAAAUGCUCCGAGGCGGCGUCAUCAUGGACGUCGUUAACGCCGACCAAGCCAGAAUCGCCGAGGAAGCCGGCGCCUGCGCCGUCAUGGCGCUCGAGCGAGUCCCGGCCGACAUCCGAGCCCAAGGCGGCGUGGCUCGGAUGAGCGACCCUCAGCUGAUCAAAGAGAUCAAGAACGCCGUCACGAUUCCCGUCAUGGCCAAGGCUCGGAUCGGCCACUUCGUCGAGGCUCAAAUUCUGGAAGCGAUUGGAAUCGAUUAUGUUGAUGAGAGCGAGGUCUUGACUCUCGCUGAUGAUGAGAACCAUAUCAACAAGCAUAAUUUUCGAAUUCCUUUUGUAUGCGGAUGCCGGAAUCUCGGUGAAGCCCUCCGGCGGAUUCGCGAAGGGGCCGCGAUGAUUCGCACCAAAGGGGAAGCAGGUACUGGAAAUAUAAUUGAGGCGGUGAGGCAUGUGAGGUCAGUGAUGGGGGAUAUUAGGGUUUUGCGGAACAUGGAUGAUGAUGAGGUUUUCACCUUCGCUAAAAAGAUUGCUGCACCAUACGAUUUGGUAAUGCAGACGAAACAGCUAGGGCGGCUUCCCGUUGUGCAUUUUGCUGCUGGUGGUGUCGCGACGCCAGCAGAUGCGGCUUUGAUGAUGCAAUUGGGGUGUGAUGGAGUGUUUGUGGGGUCUGGGGUGUUCAAGAGCGGUGACCCGGCUAGGAGAGCUCGAGCGAUUGUGCAGGCUGUCACGCAUUAUAGCGAUCCGGAGGUGCUUGCUGAGGUGAGCUGUGGUUUGGGUGAGGCUAUGGUGGGUCUGAAUCUGGAUAAGAAUGUGGAGAGGUACGCAAACCGGUCUGAGUAGUGGAAAUUGAUGCGGAUUGCUUGGAGGUGAGGGUAAUUGAAAGCUCUUGUUUUUUCAAAAAAACAUAAGACCUUUGAUAGUAUAUGCUAGUCCACUCUAUUGGAAGUGUGUUUCCAAUGAGUUAUUUAGGUUUUUUUUAGGUCAUCUCAUGCUGUAGAGAGUCAAUGUUGUGAUGAAAUUAGUUUGUUUCAAUGUUAUGUUGAAAGUAGUUUGUUUUAUGUCAUAUUAUGGUUCAAUGCAAUUGGAGAAUUUGUUACAUUCAUUAAGCUUUGGCUUCUCAAUAAGCACAAAUUAUACUCAAUUGAAGAA